UAUGACAUAUAUGCUUUCUUUGAUCUGGAGCAUGACACGUCGGGCACCCCGGUGGUGCAUUUACCCUUAGCCAUUACCUACGCGACACAUUUUGUACACAAACCAGUUGGUCCCUAAUUUGCCAUUCGAGGUCAAUUCAGGGUUUUAGAACGCAUUUUUCGUUUUCUUUUUCCCGAACAGUAACCUCUCCGAGCAUUAUGCGUUCGCAAUUCAAGGACGAUUAUUCGUUUGAGAAGAGAAAGACUGAAGCUCAAAGAAUUCGCGAAAAGUAUCCUGAUAGAAUUCCCGUCAUCUGCGAGAAGGUAGACAAGUCGGACAUCGCCACUAUUGAUAAGAAGAAGUACCUUGUGCCUGCGGAUCUUACGGUCGGUCAAUUUGUUUAUGUGAUCAGAAAACGAAUUAAGCUUUCGCCCGAAAAGGCCAUCUUUAUUUUCGUUGACGAAGUUCUUCCUCCAACUGCCGCUUUAAUGUCUACUAUUUACGAUGAACACAAGAGUGAUGAUGGCUUUCUGUACAUUACAUACUCGGGGGAGAAUACUUUUGGCAAAGAGCUGACUAUGUGUUCUUGUUAAAUUGAUGUUCUCUUUACGAAUUGUUAUUUUCUGUUCUCCGAUGCUACCGAGUCAUUACUGUAAUAUCUGUUCUUCUCAGCUUUGUUUUCCCUUUCCCCAAACUCGCGUUGUGAGAACGAUUGUUGCGAGGCGUCGCAUCUCUAGCCUCUUGGUCGACCCUGCGUUCUCCUUUUUACCCAUCAAAUCAUGUGUACGAGGUUUUUAGUUUCAACUACGAUUUCGUUGACACACUGCAAUAUUCCUCCUUCAAUACAGCCAUACAUCUUACGAAGCUUGUUUAAUUUGCACCUGGGCAAUGAUAUUCACUCCUUGGCACCUUGUGGUGAAGCCCGGGUUUUCUUCUGUUACGAUCAUGUUAAUACAAUAUACACGCAAUUCUCCAAUACGGUCAUUAUGGACUAAAGGAAAUUUCAUAAACGAACGAUGACAUAAAUGGGUUCUAUAGAAGAAGAGGUUUUGUAAGGAGGAUGGGAAAUGAUUAGUAUGAGCAGCUAGGGAAAACUGCGUUGUAGAG